AUGCCUGUUAUUAAACAAGAUUUCCUUACCAGUCUGACAAGUCAAAAGCAACUGACCAGCUUGUCUCCAAAAAGCACACCUGACUUAAGAACACUUAAUAAUCGAGAAUGUGUUAGACCAAGGCCUUUCCUUGCUGUAGUACCCCUCAUUUCCACACCAGGUGAGCUUAAUUCUCUUAUUUCCGACGGAGUUGACCUGCAGCCUCUUGUGAUUGAAAAAAAGUUGCCACAAGACAGUUCAAGGUGUAAACGUAAAGGUCUAAACAGGUCCCAGUCUAUGCGGAAUCCCAUACAGCCACAGUCGGCUGCUUUUUUGAGGAACUUCCGUCAAAGUAUAGUUAGCGUUUCUACUGAAAAUAGCGUGCUGCUUGGAAAUUUGGUUCCACUUCGAUCGUCUUCUGAACACUCUAUUUCACUAUCAGAUGAGAAUAGUGACUUUCAACGUCUCCGGAACUUUUCCGUGACUUCAAAGGGUUUGAUCAACCGAGGGGACUCAUUCCGAAACAAAUCUCGAAGCUCUCAUAGCGAAUCAUCCAUAGCGUCUCAAUAUUACUUUUCUACGACGCCUAUACGAUCUUCCAGAAGCCAUCUCCCUUUACCAACUCCCCAAGUUUUCCCUGAAAUUGAUACAGACAUAGAGAGACACAAGGUGUUAGUAGUGGGAGCUUCAGAAGUUGGAAAAUCUUCUUUAACCACCCAAUUUACCACUUCCGAGUAUAUAUGUGCCUACGAAAAUUCUCCAGAUGACGAAAAUGAAAAAUCCGUAACUGUUGUAUUAAACGGAGACGAAUCAGAGCUAAUGUUUGUUGAAUGUACAGCCCAGGACCUUUUGCACCAAGUAAAAGAUUCACCGAGCUCCGUUGCUAAUUAUGACGCCUACAUAGUCGUUUAUUCUGUUACAAAUAAAAGAAGUUUCCAGAAAAGUAUGGAACUCGUUAAUCAUCUGACGAUUAUGGAUAAUGCCGGAAGUAUCAAAGCAGCUAUUCUGGUAGGGAACAAAACAGAUCUGGCAAGACUUCGGAGUGUUACUACUAAAGAGGGAAGAUCAUUGGCAAUAGCAUAUAGCUGGAAGUUUAUUGAGACAUCAACUGGAAUCAAUCAUCACGUGGAUGACCUCUUGGUGGGAAUCCUCAGUCAGAUCCGGCUGAAACAUCAGCAUCAGGAAAGAUUGAAAAAGAAGAGAGAGUCCGUGACUCUCACAUUUCCAGGCAUGUUUUCAUUUUGUGAGUCGUAA